UUGAACCGUCCGGCCGCAAAGCAUUGUGGGUCAUUGCGGUGACAGACGCCAUGUUUUUUUUUUUUACUGUAGCUGGAGCAGAAAAUGGAUGCUCUCUGCUAGUUAGCCAGUUGAAUGGGUGUCUGGAGAUCCCAGGAGAUCUAGCGCAGCGUUUCAACCAAUCCGCCUCGGAUGUUACACUCAGAGGAAACAAACGCACAUGUGGGUUUAUGGAUCUGAUAUAAAACCUUAUGAGCGGCUCGGUGCUGCUGGGUUAGCUGGAGGCUAGCAUAGCAGCUAGCUGGCUAAUGCUAGCAGUCUCUACCGGGGGAGCCCAUGUUAGCUAGCUAGCUCAAACAGGCUAGCACGAUAAUAACAGCCGGUCGAUCACACCAACACAUGCGCUGCUCAUCACCCAGCUGAACUACAGAUCUAUAAAGCGGACCAAAGGCUACACCUUAAGGUAUGGCCUGGAUUUGAUUUGCAUCGUGCUGGUGAUGGCAGAAGGGACUGACACUGGCGAAAUGCCCUCCUUUGACCCAAGUCCUAGUUCUGAAGCAAAAAAGAGACCUACUUCUUCUGAUGGCAGAGACGAGCCGAUGAGGAAAAUGCCUAUGUCAAAAUUUGGUUCCAGACCUCGCUUUGAGCCUGUUCACUUUGUCAGUGGUGGAAGCAGCGGAGGAACUGGCGCUGACGAGAAGGAGAACGAUAAGGAGCGCAGGAGGAGUGAGACGUUUGGUGCGAGACAGUGGGACUCUGAACACUCUUCCUACAGCGGCCCCAGCAGAGCGCAGGGCUCCUCCUCCCUGAGACCUGCUAUUGACAGAGUGCCAGCGUACAGUUCUGACUCCUGGGGUUCCCAAAGAGACAGAGAGACUUAUUCAUGUAGCACAAGUGGGUUGGGGUAUGGAGGACGUUGGUCCACGUCAAACUUUAUGGUAAAAACAGAGCAGGACUACUCAGCAAAGUACGACGCCCACUCCUCUCGAGGUUCAGAUUCCUAUUCUCAGCCCCAAAGAUACAAUGGAUACGGGGCGGGGAGCAGAUCAGGAGGCUGGGAUUCGGGACGUCAGGGUUUCGGAUUCAGUCAUCAGGACCGGCCGUCGUCAAGCAGGCCAUUCACCAGAGUCUACAACAGCCCGGGCAGGAGCAGUCCCACCGUUUCUCAGUCGGUCUCUUCAGCACAGCCUAUUCCUAUAUCUCAGCCAACAUUGGAUGAGAAGCAAAGGCUGAUUUCAAAUGUAGCGUCUGCGUUGGCGGUUGCGUUCAGGGACCCGGUGUUCAUGACUGGAAGCGAAUCACCAAACUAUAAUUUCAUGUUGAGCCGCAGCAUUCAGGCCUGCAAGACUAAUCCUGAGUAUAUUUAUGUCAACCUGAAGGACAUUCCUCAGUCCGACCUACCGAAGAACAGGAAAGUACCAACAGACGGUUAUGCCUGUGAGUUGAGAUGUCAGGGUGUGUAUCUUGCUACCGGAUACUCUGGUAGUAAAAAUGGAGCGAGGGACCGGGCCUCUGAGCAGGCUGUUAAACUCUUCCUGAAAACAGUGGAGGUUCGUGUGGUGCAGCGCAAAUACAGACACUCAGUCGUCAAUGACAUAGUUGUGUGCCAGAUGCACAGCCCAACGCCGGGCUUUUUACCUGCACUCCGAAACCCAGAGGAUAAACCGACACCGAGCUCCAAGGGCCAAUACGAGCCUGACAAACGGAAGCACUGGACAGAGUUUGUGGUUAUGGACAAUGCUCACGACGCCAUCUGCAUUCUCAACAACUCUGCGGCUUUUAAUCGCAUGAAGAUAGACUAUAAGUUUGACCUGCUGCCCAACAGCAGUGCUUGGCUGUGCAGUGUUUUCGUGCAGGGUGAGCUGGUGGCGCAGUCGACGGGUACCAAAAAGAGCUCGAAGCAUGCAGCGGCUGAGGACGCUGUGAGGAAACUUCGGCUGAACCAGGCGCAACGACAGCAACAGCAGCAGCAGCAGCAGCAGCAGCAGCAGCAGCAGCAACAACAAAAUCAACAACAGCAACAACUGUCACAAUACUCCAGAGGAAAUAAUCAAUCAGAUUGUGGUGGACGCUUUGGACAACAGGUUGUCAAAAAGAAGCAUCUGAGUGAGUUGGUCAUCCUGGAAAACUCUGACAAUGCAAUCUGUAUCAUUAACGACACCGCUCAGUUUAACAAAGUGACUGCUGAUUACAAGUUCACGGUUCUGCCUGAUCAUCGAUGGAGGUGUGAGGUUUACUUGGAAGGACAGUAUGUAGCUGCAGGAAUUGGGCCCAAGAAAAUAGUGAAGCACAUUGCAGCGGAGGAGGCCUUGGCCACCUUGAGGCAGACCCAGGCUGUGGUCAAAUCCAACCUUAGAAAGGAGGGUCACUGCGACGCCAUAUCACGGUCCCAGAUCCUGGCUCGCUCUGGCGAGGAGGCCAUUAGGCAGGAGAUCAAGGAAGACAACAUCGGAAACCAGCUGCUCCGCAAGAUGGGCUGGAAAGGAGGCGGUCUGGGCCGAGACGGGGAAGGUAUCGCGGAACCUAUCAAAGUGAAGGAGCAGUUCUCCAGAGAAGGUUUGGGUUUGGACACGGACAAAACCGGGAACCAGCUCAGCAAGCGUGAUAUCGAGGACAUCAUCCGCAACUACGCCAGUUCAGACCGCCAGGAUGACCUCCGAUUCUCCACCGACCUCACCAACGAUGAACGCAAGCAGAUCCACCAGAUAUCUCAGAAAUACGGCCUGCGGAGCAAGUCGUACGGACAGGGACGGCUACGGUUCCUGAUUGUCAGUCGCAAAGUGCACAAAGACCAGCUCAUUGGUCAGCUUUUACAGGAGGGACAGGUGGGACGAUACGAGCUCGUGAAACCUCAGGCCUCUCACUGAUGUGCAUGCAGGGAAAAAAUAAAUAAAAAUAAAAACAGACGUUCAUUAAAACUUCAGUACAAAUCACACUCAAGUGUAAAUGCUGUGUUUAUACUUGUAUGUGACAAACUUCCAACGCGCAUUAAUAAAAGAGAAUCCUUCAGGGAUCACCCGUGGUUUCUGCAUUCCUUUGCCAUGAGCUGUACUUUAGCUUUAGCAGGGGCUCUAGAAUAAGUGAUUUGUCUUUUAUUUGUCUCCUGCCAUUCCACGUCUUCUAUUUGUUUAACUUUUGCACAAGCUUCAGUACUCUGUGGUUUCAUGUCCUGAUAAUGUUCCAGUGACUUAAGGAAUUCAAAAAAUGAAAGAGGUUUUUGUAACCGAGAUCCAUUUAUUGUUUCGGGACUAUUUAAGGAACUUGGCAGAAAAUGUCACUGCUUGUUGUUGAACAUUGUUGACAGUUUACUCAUGAGAGGCAUCAAACUGUAGCUAGAUGCUCAUAUCAGUCUCAAUGUAGUGAAACAUCUCUUGUCUCUACCAGCAAUGCUGUCUGCUCUUUCAACACCUGGAGGUCCUUCCACAAACACAAGCUGCAUCCAUAAUCAGAAAAUCUUCACAUGAAAACUGUAAGCUGUGAUCUCUGUUAAAUGUCGGACGUGUUGGUUUAUGUGAGUACAGUUAACUUGUCUGCUUGUUUUCACAGCUGUUAUGAUUGAAUAAAUUUAAACU